AAAACCCCAUGAAGGAAGCAGGAAGUUCGUCUAGCAAGAAGCCUGAGCACAUAAACAAUAAACAAAGAACACAGCAGAAAAGCUCAGAGAAGCUUUCUCACGUUUAUCAUAAUGGCUGGCAUUAAAGCACUGGUUGGUUUGUCCUUCAGUGGUGCCAUUGGACUCACAUUUCUUCUUCUGGGCUGUGCACUGGAACAGUACGGGGUAUACUGGCCACUGUUUGUCCUGAUUUUCUACAUAUUAAGCCCCAUCCCGACCUUCAUAUCGAGACGCCUCAACGAUGACAGCGACUCCUCCAGCAACGCCUGCAGAGAGCUGGCUUACUUCUUAACAACUGGCAUCGUGGUUUCAUCUUUUGGGCUUCCCAUCGUGCUAGCCCGCACUAACACAAUCCAGUGGGGGGCCUGUGGUCUGGUGAUGACAGGAAAUGCUGUCAUCUUCCUCACCAUCCUCGGCUUCUUUGUCGUGUUCGGAGGUGGGGACGACUUCAGCUGGGAGCAGUGGUAGAGAGCCUGCAGAGAGUGAACAGACAGAAAGAUGGACGGAUGAUUGGAAGAAUGGAUGGAUGGAUGGAUGGGUGGAUGGGUGGGUAGGCGGAUAAUUGAAUGGAUUGACUGCAGACUUGGGGCACAUGUGUCCUGCACUCAAUACUCAGUGUAGGCUGCAAAAUGUCAAAGUUACUGGGCAUGUUUUCAGGCCGAUUUUUUUAUAUUCUCUGGUAUAAGGGUUGGAGACAACACUGUGUACCCUAUUACUGUGCCUUAUGUCUGGGACCAGAGAGACACUGAUGCCUAUCCACCUUAACCCAUGUAUUUUUAGCUUGUCUCGCCUUUGUUUCGACUCCCAAAAUCACCCUGCUCUUUGCAGCCGCCGGCUAUUUCAUUAUGCUUCAGUUAAUCAAUAUCAUAAAGGGAUCCUAACUUUAUUAUAACACUGCAACCCUCACUGCGUUAUCUGUCCUCAUUGUUCCAUGAGGAUAGAGUCCCAAGUGGCUAUACUGAAUUAUGGCUUGCUUAUUAUGAGCACUGUUUGCUAUUUAAAGUGUGAAGGCAGGGCAAGUUAUCUUAACCCAUGCUAUCUGACAACUAUUUGUAGGACCCUAAUCAGGUAAAGAUAUAUUUGUAUGGAGUAUGUGGUUUGUUUGUUUUUUUGGUUUGUUUGUUUUCAUUUUGCUACAAGACUUUAAAGCCUAUACUUUUUUGGUGCAAUUGUUUACAUACUCACCAAAGAUCAUUUAAGAGUGCAAAAAUGGAGCAUAUUCACCUCAUGGACUGUGAUUUUUUUUGAUCUGUGCUAUGCAGCAAUGUGAUCCUCAAAAGCCAGCUGAGGCAUUUGGAGAAAGCACUGUGUAGUUAAAAAGAUCAUUCAUCUAUUGCCGUGUUUCUACUGCACAGUACAACUCUGCUUGACUUGAAUCUCUAUAACAGAACUAACAGAAUGCUGCAUAUCAAUGCAGAAUCUGGAAGCGACAGUAAAAAAAGUUGGUAUUGGAAAUUUUCAGAUUUCCGUUUGUAGUCCGAGUUGGAACAACCAAUCACAUUUAAGUGGGCUUGCCGGUAUACAGUCCAUUUGAAGAGCAAAAGAGGCAGAACAUAUUGGCCAGAAGGCAAUCUCAGAAGCCAUUUGCUAUCGUCUGACAAAAGUUUUGCUUUUUAUUUGCUUUUUUAAAAAUUGGUCUGCAUUCACAUGCAAAUAUCUGUCAGUAGAGAUGUUCCUAAAUGUGGUCAGGACCUAAAACACGUUCCAAAAGUUUAGAUGAAGCUGCUAAUCGGACAAUGAUCAAUUACAGGAAAACAGUAAGCCUUGGCCCACAUAUCCAUUUUCUGGAUAUCCAAUGGCUACAUCCCAACCCCAGAAAUAUUGGGGAUAACGAUAGCCGAGUUCCAAGAUUGUGCGUAACUCGACUUGUCUCACCUAUGGUACCAGGUCCUUUAGUCUAUUUCCACUAGGGUUGUCACGAUACUAAAAUUUUCAACUUGAUACCGAUACUCAGGAACAUAUUCAAUACUCGAUACCAUUUUCGAUACCACAAGGAUAAAAACAAAGACCCCAAAAUUUAACAGAAAUAUUUUUAUUAACAAGAAAAAUGCAACAUGCAAAAAAUCAACAGAACCACAGGUUAAAUAUUUAUAAUAAAAACAGUUAUUGCAACUAUGAUAACAAGCUUCAGAUACUCUUAAAAAAGGAUAUUUGUAUCUGGAUACAACAUUUUAGUAUCGAUUCUUUUUUGAGUAUCGAUACUUUUGACAACCCUAAUUUCCACGCCGCCACGUGAAACUGCCGUGACAUCAUCCUAAACACAACACGCGCUGAAUCCUUUAAUCGGCAGCCAAACACAGGAAAGCCUGCAUGUCAAUUGUAUUGUAUGUUUUAACUCCACCUUGUAGUAUCAGCUCAGCUCGCCUACAACCUCGAACAAGGUGGUACUAAAAAAGUACCAGUUACCAGGUAGCAACCACAAGUUUUGCUAGUGAAAAACCAAAAACAGAACGAGUCGAGUAGAGUAAAGCCGCGAUGUACCAUGCAGUGGAAAUGCGCCAGAGAAAGCACCCUAACCAUUUUAUAUUCCUGCAGACAACAAAGAAUUUCAUACUGCUGACAGGAGCAUGAUACUAAGUUGCAAAUAAUAUUUUUACAUGUUGAAUGGUAAAUACAGUAGAGGUGUUUGGCUUUAUCUGCAAACUCAUUCAUAAGUGCCUGUCAUUCACAGUGUAUAUUUUAAUUAAUAGACAAAUCACUGUGAUUCUCUUUUGAGUCAGGUUUUUGUGUUUCAUCAUCAGGGGCUGUUGACAUGUGUUAUUGUAAAUCAAUAUUACAUCAUUAUGUUGUAUCUCAUCACUGUCAGUAACUGGCUGUUAAUGUGGUUAUGAAGUUUGUAAGCGCAGCCCACUUCAUAGACUAUCACACACAGUUAUAAUGUCCUGUACAAUUUCUCGGUUUUCCUAAUUCCUUAACUGCUUCUCAAGGUGAAUAUUAUACUGUAAGUAUCAUAACUGACAAUAACAGAACCUUUUUCCCUCUAUUGGGAGUCCCAUACCCACACUAACGAGUGCUGAAGAGCUCUCAAAUGUUAUUUUAUAAGCUCCUGACUGCAUUUUGUUUUCUAACAUUGAUUAAAACUCUCUGUAUUGUGAAAAA